AGAUGUGUCCAAAUGAAUGCAUCCUCAUCCACCACCGGUCCAUUGUUUCACGAAUGGGGAAUCGGGGGCGAAAACCAGAGCGUGUGGAAGCGGCGGCGGCGGUGAGCUCGCAGGGUUCGUGUAUACUUGCGUCGGUGGAAGUUAUCUAGGAGCAGCUGAGCCGCACCAUGGCGAUGGAUUUUCCAAUCGAUCCGGUCGACAGUGGAUGCAGGUUACCCAUCUUCCCGGAGGAGGCAGGGAGCGUGGUAGCUCACAUCGGUGGUAUGUUUGGAGCCGGACUUGGUGCAGAUGAAGAAUCGGCAAACGGGUCCCGUGGGGAACGGGGGGAGGCGGCCAACGAGGAGUCGAGGAGCAGUGAGAUUCUGGGUGCACCUUGUCGGGGCAGAUUGGGAGUGUUGCCCCCCUACAAGGCACAACCGAGUGUGGCGGCUGGUGGUGGCGCCGUGUCGUCUGCUUUCAGCCAGAGCGAGGGGGGUAGCGCAGAUGUCAUUGAGCAUGGAGUCACUAAAGGCCCCGUAAAUGGAGAUCAGUUGGCUCUAAUUGAAAGCGUGCUGAGAGUGAUGAUGCAGCAUCCGCUCAGUCUACUCGCAACAUGGAUCUGCAAGCCCCAAGUUGGACUAGAAGGGCAAGAGUAGAGAACCAUCCACUGGACAGAACGCCAUGCCUGGAAAGAAUUGGCGCACUAGAGUAAAGGAUUAGGGGGAAUUCAGAUAAGUUGGGUAAGCAUGUGGCGUAGCCUGCUAUUGGGCUAACAUUCGACUCUCGGUGAGCUCGUUCUCUCUUGUGCCGCACCGCCGUGGAUAGAAGUGCCACAGGGCCUCCGUGGAGGUCCAGCAAUGUCAAGAUAGAGGAAAGAGAGUCAGCACGGCUGCGGGUUCCUUUUUGAUUAUCUCUUGUACUGCUCGAUUCCAUCAUAAGUUAGUAGUAAGCUCUCUGAUUUUAAGGCUGACAGAUUGCAAAACAUUUCAGUUCUUUGCAAUCGUUAGUGCUGUGUAAAUGAUUAGUACAUCUACUGAAAUUUUAUGCUAGGUGCUAAAUAAUUUCUGUUUUGAUUGGUUCUGAAUUUCAAUGGCAAGUGCUAUUAAAUUAUUA